AUGCCAUGUCGACUCCAGCCGUACAUCUGGAUCUCCGAUGAUACGCUCGCUACAGCCUAUCGUCGCUUCGCCAAUACCUGUCUGGUGAACCACUCCCAUAUCAACACCCGACGCCAUGGCAGCAAUGUCCCGGGGCCAAUGGAGGCCCGUCGCCGCCUCGCUAGAAGACGAAUGGCUGGCCUCAGUAUGGCUAGCCCCUCUCCAGGCUUGAUGCCUGACUUUGGCGCUCUCUUCGGCUCGGGAGGUGUCGACAUGACCUCGUUAUGGGCUCCACCAACCACCGCACAGUCGCGUGCGCCAAAUCUACCAGACUAUGCUGCUCCCGCUCCACCAAAUCCUGAACCAACUCUUGUGCUCCAAGAGUCUUGCGCUUCUCGUGCCGUCUCAACACCGCUCAAAUCUCACCAAUCUGAUCUUGAACCUUCUUUCCAAGAGUACUUAAACCUACUGGCUUCAUGUCGCACCCUGGACUCGCUGGCUCGAGCAUAUGCUCGCAUGCAUUCUGACUCUGAUGUUUCAGAGACCUUCAGCAGAGCUGCUCUUCGCUCCCUCUUGUAUCAAUCCCCUCCUGACCAAAUUUUGGCCUUUCUGCAGAGCGAUUUGGACCAUGAAGACGCCUUCAACUGCCAUGCCUACCUCACCCAUCUCUUCGCUACCAAUGGCCGCCCUGCAGUCGUGCUGGACUGCGUUCGUUUUGUGUGCGACAAGAUUGCCUUGAGCACUAUGCCAAUGAAAGAGUUGUCAGACAUUCUGGAUAUGCUUGAGGCUCCUGCACGAGUUGAUGGUCAAUUGCUCUUGGAAGCCAAUGCGAUGCUUCAUCAAUCCUUGGUGGAUGCCUUUGCGCCAAAAGCUCCUCCAGAGCAUCUCAAUACCAGACUGCUCAAGAAUGCACUUUCUCUGCCGCCGUCGCCAGACGUCUCCAAGCUGAUAGCUGCGGCUUUCCCACUUUCUGGCCGCUCCAAGGUCAUGGGUAAAUACCUCCAAAAAGCCAUCAUGACUCGAACAACUCGGCGCGGACCAUCGGACGAGCUAAUUCCCAUCUUGAACUCCAUUCCCUCUGAAAAGUUUGACACUGUCAUCUUCCUUGCUACGCAAAAAUUCGUCAAGGUUCUCUCUGGUCAAACAGUUGAUCGCAAUGAGUGCACCGAGAGGCUCACAUGCUGGCUCGACGACCUCUUACUCUUCCGUCCUUCAAUCCUCCAACCGGCCUCGUCAUGCGCCCUGCUUCUUUACCCUUUCCUCGCUUCAAGAUUCACCAUCGCUGAGCUCGGUCCUCAUUUGAGUUCAUUUCACCCUGCAGAUGCUGCUAUCAUCGUCCUUCACAAUUGGAUAAAGCCUUCUAUACUCGAGGUACCAGAUCCUGAUCUUCUAGAAUCUGAGAUACCAGAUUCCGCAAAUGAUACAACGCCAGCCACAGAACCAAUACGCUGCCUCCCACUACAAUCUCCACCAACGGUUCAUAGCCGAGACGCCUCCAAAAAACCAUUCCAAAGCUACGGAUUACGAUAUACAAUAUCUCGAGCCCUUGAUCGUUCCCUUACUCAGCGAGCAACUCGCCCAACACGCCAAGCCUUAUUUGAUUCAAUUGAAUCAACGCUACGUGAACGUUGCAAGCCCGAUCGCAAAGGUGUCUAUCCAAGUUGGGGAGGAGCCUGGGUUCACCUUACCAUAUUGCUAAGCGACAACAAGAUUGAUCAUGCUGGUUGGCUCAGUGAUUUGCUUCAAGUGCUGAAGCAUUACAAGUCACCUGUGUGGACAUAUUACUUUUUCGCAAAACUUACCUGGAAUGACGUCCAUAUUCCUUAUCCGGUGGCUGUAGAUCUCAUGCGACAUUUCAUCAACAUCAAGAAAACGCAAUGGGCGCUGAAUGUCUUCCGACGCUCACAAGGCCGCCAAGGGCUUUCGGACAUACCCGAGUUGUUGUUCGCUCUUAUCGACAGUCGCGCAGUCAGGUCAGACGUUUUGUUCGAUCUACUGAACACACCAGAUUAUAGCAAUUCUCUGCCAAUGAAUUUGCGCUCGGUGGCCAACAAUUCCCUGUCGGAAGAGAGGGUACAGCUAGUGCACCAUGCUGCUUACGCCAUGGCCAAGUCACCACUGUUGACCUCAAGCAUGGCCUUCAGGAGGGUAUGCGAUUGCUUGAACUACCUUCAGGACCGAGACGCACCACUUUCAAGCCUAAUGUCUCGAGCUCUUGUCUAUUCUGGAGUGACUCGUCCUCUUAGAGAAGGUCUUUGGCUUAGCACGGAGAAGUUCCAAUGGAUCUUACCGUUUGUUCGUCAACUGGAAGGUGACGAAGUCGCGAACAGCCUCGACGAAGCGGCUUUCACGCUCAGGAGCGAAAACCUCGAGUCGAAACGGGUACUCAUGAAGUCAUUGGAAGACAUGGAACGAAAAGCAGAUCGAGUUGAUUGGGAGUAUCGCAAGCAAUUCGGUCAUGCAUCUCAUCGAUGGAAGAAGACAACAGUACCAGACAAGCAUGGUGUGACCGACCGAAUGCGCCGCUCCCACGCGCGGCAAGCUCAUGUUCUAAACAGAGUCAAUAGUUGCUGA